AUGGAGCAGGGAGGGAUUCCACCAACAACUAAUCCUGCAACUCUUUUAAAAGAAGCAAUCCACGUUAUUAGCUGUGGAUAUGAGGACAAGACCGAAUGGGGCAAAGAGGUGAGAUAUCCUAACCACCAAGUCAAUGCUCAGAAUGGAUAUGAUGAUGAGAAGUCGCUUCUUAUGUCUCAGAAGAGCUUAGAAAAGCGGUUUGGUCAAUCUCCGGUGUUUAUUGCUGCCACCUUCAUGGAGCAGGGAGGGAUUCCACCAACAACUAAUCCUGCAACUCUUUUAAAAGAAGCAAUCCACGUUAUUAGCUGUGGAUAUGAGGACAAGACUGAGUGGGGCAAAGAGAUCGGUUGGAUCUACGGUUCUGUGACUGAAGAUAUUUUGACUGGGUUUAAGAUGCACGCACGGGGAUGGAUAUCAAUCUAUUGCAUGCCUCCCCGUCCAGCAUUUAAGGGGUCUGCUCCCAUCAAUCUUUCUGAUCGUUUGAACCAGGUCCUUCGAUGGGCUUUGGGAUCAAUUGAAAUUCUUCUGAGCAGGCAUUGCCCAAUAUGCAAAUGUAUUAGAGGAAUUACUAAGGCGGAACACAUAGCAGUUUGGGCAGCCUUUGUAGCUGUUAAACUGGCUUUGGAUUCGGAUCCUAAGCGAUAA